AUGGCCACUUCAAAAUCACCACCAUACAAAAUCGUGAUACUUGGAGACUCGUCUGUCGGGAAAACGUCGUUAGUUCAUAGGUUCACGACCAAUAAGUUUGACGAACAUACGGCUAAUACUAUCGGAGCAGCAUUUAUUACAAAGGAACAUCAUUCGAAUAAUAACCCGGAAAAGAAAGUGAAAUUUGAAAUAUGGGAUACGGCAGGACAAGAAAGAUAUAGAUCGUUAACUCCCAUGUAUUAUCGUAACGCAAAAACGGCGUUAGUAUGCUUUGAUUUGUCUAAUAUGGAGGAGACAUUUGAUAAGGCCAAAUAUUGGAUAGAACAAUUGCAAAUCAACGCAAACGACCAGGAUAUAAAAAUUAAACUAAUAGGGAAUAAGAAUGAUAUAGAUUCGCUGCUGGACCCUUCAGAUUAUAUAUCAAGUCUUGCGAGUACUAUGAAAUUUUAUAAAACCAGUGCUAAAACAGGCGAAGGAAUAGACGAGUUAUUCGAUGAAGUAGUAGAUGACAUUGAUGAAGAGUUCUUUACAGAGUACUACAAAAAUCAAGAUAACGAAGCAAAUAAUUCGCAACGACCAGGCAUGAUAAAUGUUUUCAAUUCUAGGUUUGGGGAUACUACAAAUAAUAAUAAAUGCUGUUGA